AUGUCGCUAUUCGAUGAGUUCGUGAGAUCGCUGCAAGUGGACCCUCACUCACCUCUCUUCAGGCUAGUGACAGAUGGACAACCACCUUUGAGACAAUGUCUCCACCCCGAAGCUUGCAGCAAGGACCUCACUCUACCGACGUAUUACGCGCGUUUCCACGACAUCCGCAAGGAGUAUGUGCGCGCGUACACGCUGCGUGCCGUCAACGGGGCGCGCGCGGUCCCACCACCUCCGCCGCCGCCAGACCACCCCGGCUCACUCUCAAAAGACGAUGAAAUUGAUGGUAACUGCAUAGUCCGCGCCCGUGGUCUGCCUUGGCAGUCUUCAGAUCAAGACAUCGCCAAGUUCUUCAGAGGUCUCAAUGUUGCAAAGGGUGGAGUAGCUCUGUGUCUCUCGCCUCAAGGGAGACGUAACGGCGAAGCGCUGGUGCGGUUCGUGUCUCAAGAACACAGGGACAUGGCGCUCAAACGACAUAAGCACCAUAUCGGCUCGCGGUACAUUGAGGUGUACCGUGCAAGUGGCGAGGAUUUCCUGUCAGUGGCAGGGGGCGCCACUUGUGAGGCGGCUGCCUUCUUAUCCCGGGGAGCGCAGGUCAUCGUGCGGAUGAGAGGACUGCCCUAUGAUGCUACACCUCAGCAACUGGACUUUUUCUCAACGGGUGAGAAUCCAGUAAUGGUGCUGGAUGGAGCUGAAGGUGUAUUGUUCGUACGUCGAGCUGAUGGCAGGGCUACUGGGGAUGCCUUCGUUCUCUUUGCCAAGGAAGAUGACGCGCCCAAGGCGUUGUCUCGACAUCGCAAGUCUAUAGGAGCUCGAUACAUCGAACUGUUUCGAUCUACUACGGCUGAAGUUCAACAGGUGGAACACAUACUGACCUUCUUGGAUGAGUUCGCCAAGAACAUAGUGGUGCAAGGCGUACACAUGGUAUACAAUGCUCAGGGUCACCCCAGCGGCGAAGCAUUUAUCCAAAUGGACAGUGAAGCGAGCGCCUUCCUCUGCGCGCAACAGAAACACCAUCGAUACAUGACCUUCGGCAAGAAGCAGCGGUACAUUGAGGUGUUCCAGUGUUCCGGCGACGACAUGAACCUGGUGCUGACGGGCGGCGUGACGCCGGCGACGUCCCCGAAGGUGUUGUCCCCCGGUACGUUGGUGUCCCCCCCGCCGCCCGCGCCCGCGCCCCGCCUGCUGGCGCAGCAGAUCGCGCACCAGAGCCUCCUCGCGCGCCAGCACGAGAACCUCCUCCUCGCCUCCCUCCGCCCCCCCAUCGUCCCCAUCCUGCCCACGUACGCGGCCGUCCGCUCGCAGACCCCGGCCGCACAGGCCUACCAGCUGCCCCAAAUGUCGCAGAUGCUACAACAGCAGACGAUGCUGCCAACCAAACGGUCUUAUGAGCGCGCCUUCCAGCCCACAGAGGCGACGCCCGCAAAGAGGCCGUAUGCCAUGCCGCCUCAUAUGACUCCUGCUUUGUCUCUGCCAGUUUUCUCUUACGGCACGUCGGCUCCUAUAUUCUCUUACGCGAACACGAGUCCUAUGUUGUCGACGUACAAUACGUUGCCGACCGCUUUGCCGACUGCCUUGCCGGCUGGGUACGGGUCUGCGCUGUCCGCGGCUCUGCCAGGGACCAUGACGACGCCCUUCCCUACGCUGUCCAUGUUCCCCACGUACCCGUACUACCCGGGCGUUUAA